ACUGUAUCUCGUCUGCUGACUGAGGUAUUCCUACAAGCACCGACUGGGGCAGCUGGGAGUUACAGUGUGACUCUCUAUGUGCAUACAUUUAUCCUCCUGCCGUCCUCCUUGGCUCUCCUCUCUUGAUCUUUUUUUGCCUGGACGCCAGCGCUCUCUCCUCGGGUCAGGAGCUGUGGAUUUGCGGGUCAGAGUUAGAGAUCAUGGACCAGGGUGGAGCAGGGGACGAUCAAGGAAACUGGGUCACUGGCAGGCUCUCCUGACUGAUGCCUGUUUGGACCUGGAGGAAUGGGGUGCACCACCAGCACCGUUGUGGUUGAAGGGCUGCGUACGGUCUUAGAGAGGAACUGUAGUGGCUACAUCUGUAAGGGAGCAGCUGAGCCCAUAGGGCCAUCUGAGGCUGAGCGAGCGCUGAGUCGGAGAGAGUCGCGGGUAUUUCCAACACCGAGAGUACUUAAGGUAAAGCCGAAGGUGAUCGAGCCGCUGGACUAUGAAAAUGUGUUGGUGCAGAGGAAGACGCAAAUCCUCAGUGAUGUCCUCAGAGACAUGCUGCAGUUCCCCCUGGAGGACUUUGAGAUUUUAACUUUGAGGCGGCAAGGGAGAACUCUCUACCCCACAGUGCCUGUAAAUGCAGAGCGGGAGGCCCAGAGUCUGUUUGUCCAAGAGUGCAUUAAGACCUACAAGUCUGACUGGCAUGUCGUCAACUACAAGUAUGAGGACUAUUCUGGAGACUUUCGACAGCUUCCAAACAAAGUGUCCAGGCCUGAUAAACUGGCUGUCCAUGUAUUUGAAGUGGAUGAGGAUGUCGACAAAGAUGAGGAUACGGCCUCCCUGGGAUCCCAGAAAGGCGGGUUUUCCAAACAUGGCUGGCUCUAUAAAGGCAACAUGAACAGUGCUAUCAGUGUCACCAUGAGGUCAUUCAAGAGGAGGUAUUUCCAUCUAACCCAGCUCGGGGACGGCUCUUAUAAUUUGAACUUCUACAAGGAUGAGAAGAUUUCCAAAGAGCCCAAAGGAACCAUCUUCUUGGACUCCUGCAUGGGUGUGGUUCAGAACAACAAGGUUCGGCGGUUUGCUUUCGAGCUGAAGAUGCAAGAUAAGAGUACCUACCUGCUGGCUUCAGACAGCGAAGGAGAGAUGGAGGACUGGAUCAACACGCUCAACAAGAUCUUGCACAGCAGCUUUGAGAUCGCUAUGCAGGAGAAGAGGAACGGAGACAUUCAUGAUGAUGAUGAUCUUGGAAAGUCAGACAGUUCCUCUGGCAGCAUGGACAGCUUUCAGAGUGCAAGAGAUAUAGAGUCUAGGAUGAGGAACGAGACCAGAUUGAAGCUGUUCACCCUGGACCCUGACACACAGAAACUUGAUUUCUCAGGAAUAGAGCCGGAUGUGAAGCAGUUUGAAGAGAAGUUUGGUAAGCGUGUUCUGGUGAACUGCAAUGACCUCGCGUUCAACCUGCAAAGCUGUGUGGCCGAGAACGAGGAGGGACCAACCACAAACGUGGAGCCAUUUUAUGUCACCCUGUCACUGUUCGACAUCCAGAACGGCAGGAAGAUCUCCUCUGACUUCCACGUGGACUUAAACCACCCGUCCGUAAGGGGCAUGGUGCCCAGUAACACCAGUCAGUAUAUGAACGGGGGAGGGGACACCCAUCCUGAGGGGCAGCGGUUGGUCCAUGGGGUGCCAGAGGCAGCCAUGCAGUAUCCAAGACUGGGAGUGUUCUCGGUAACGUGCCCCCACCCAGAUAUCUUCCUGGUGGCUCGCAUAGAGAAGGUGCUCCAGGGGGGAAUCAACCACUGUGCCGAGCCGUACAUGAAGAGUUCAGACUCCACAAAGGUGGCACAAAAGGUCCUGAAAAAUGCCAAGCUGGCAUGUUGCCGGUUAGGACAGUACAGGAUGCCUUUUGCCUGGGCAGCAAGGCCUUUGUUCAAAGAUGCUUCAGGGACGCUUGAUAAAAGUGCUCGUUUCUCAGCCCUGUUCAGACAGGACAGCAACAAGCUAUCCAAUGAUGAUAUGCUCAAACUGCUGGCCGAUUUCAGAAAGCCAGAGAAGAUGGCCAAGCUGCCUGUGAUCCUAGGAAACCUUGAUGUUACCAUAGACAAUGUAGCCCCCGACUUAACAAAUUGUGUUACCUCAUCCUACAUUCCCGUGAAGCAGUUUGAUGUCAGCGACAAGACCAACAUCUUCUUUGAAGUGGAGGAGUUUGUGCCGUACAUAGCCAAAUGUUCUCAGCCUUUCACCAUCUACAACAAUCACCUCUAUGUCUAUCCGAAGCACUUGAAGUACGACAGCCAAAAGUCAUUCGCAAAGGCUAGAAACAUAGCUGUCUGCAUUGAGUUCAAGGACUCAGAUGAGGAAGAGGCUGUUUCAUUGAAGUGCAUCUAUGGCAGACCUGGAGGACCCUUGCUUACCAAAAAUGCCUUUGCUGCAGUAUUACAUCACCAGCAAACCCCCGAAUUCUACGAUGAGUUUAAGAUUGAGCUGCCAACCCAGCUCCACGAGAAACAUCAUCUGCUCUUCACCUUCCACCAUGUCAGCUGUGACAGCAACAGCAAGGCCAGCACCAAAAAGAGAGACCUGGUUGAGACUCAAGUGGGAUACGCCUGGCUCCCCCUGCUGAAAGACGGCCGGGUGACCAUGAAUGAGAGUCAAGUCCCUGUAGCUGCAAACCUGCCUGCUGGAUACCUUAGCUGUCAGGAGGGUGCCAGCAAGCAUUCAGGCCCAGAAGUCAAAUGGGUGGAUGGAGGCAAGCCUUUAUUUAAGGUUUCCACUCACCUUGUGUCCACUGUCUACACUCAGGAUCAACAUUUGCACAAUUUCUUUCAUCACUGUCAGAGCACUGCACCUGCAACCCAGGUGUCAGGAGGAGAACUGGUCAAAUACCUGAAGAGUCUGCAUGCCAUGGAGAGCCAUGUGAUGAUAAAGUUCCUGCCCACAACCCUGAAUCAGCUGUUCAGGGUGCUAACCAGUGCCACCCAAGAGGACGUGGCAGUCAACGUCACCAGAGUCAUGAUUCACAUUGUUGCCCAGUGCCACGAGGAGGGAUUGGAGCACUACCUGAGAUCAUAUGUGAAGUUUGUAUUCAAGACUGAGCCACAAACAUCCUCAACCAACCGAUCAGUGCACGAGGAGUUGGCUAAAGCCAUGACUGCUAUCUUGAAGCCUUCCACUGACUUUCUCACGUGUAACAAACUCCUCAAGUAUUCCUGGUAUUUCUUUGAAGCCUUAGUCAAGUCCAUGGCUCAGUACUUGAUUGAGAGCUGUAAAGUGAAGCUGUCCAGGAAUCAGCGCUUCUCCGCAUCCUUCCAUCACACUGUGGAGACUCUGGUCAACAUGAUGAUGCCACACAUCACUCAGAAAUACAAAGACAACCUGGAUGCCGCCAGGAACGCCAACCACAGUCUUGCAGUCUUCAUCAAGCGUUGUUUCAACCUGAUGGACAGAGGCUUUAUGUUCAAGCAGAUCAACAACUAUAUCAACUGUUUUAUGCCUGGAGACCCAAAGACGCUGUUCGAGUUCAGGUUUGAGUUCCUGCGUGUUGUGUGCAGCCACGAGCACUAUGUCCCCUUAAACCUGCCCAUGCCAUUUGGAAAAGGAAGGAUACUGAGGUUUCAAGCUUUAUUAUCUCCAAAUGAUGUGGUGGAGUCAUGCGAUAUAGACCUCCAGAUGGAUUACUCGCUGACAGAUGACUUCUGCAAGAACCACUUCCUGGUCGGGCUGCUGCUCAGGGAGGUCAGUGUAGGUCUGCAGGAGUUCAGGGAAAUUCGUCAGAUAGCCAUCCAUGUGCUGAAGAAUCUAAUGAUAAAGCACACAUUUGAUGACCGCUACAGCUCCAAAAGCCAGCAGGCCAGGUUGGCCACCCUGUACUUUCCCUUGUUUGGUCUGCUCCAAGAGAAUGUCAACAGACUGAAUGUGAAGGAAGUAUCCCCAUUCACCAUCAACCACUCCAACAAUAAUGGAAGAGAAGAUUCACUUCUUACCAACACUUUGAUAACACCUCCCAGAUCCAGCACCUUUCUGGACACCAGCUUGCACAAAGAUGUUUUUGGAGUCAUCUCUGGCACCUCUUCACCUCACGCGUCGUCAACCCCCAACAUUAACUCUGUGCGCCACGCAGAAUCUCGCGGCUCACUCAUCAGCACUGACUCUGGCAACAGCCUGCCUGAGAAGAUCAAUGACAAGUCCAACUCUCUCGACAAGACGGAGAAGUUUGUACGGAGACACUCUGUCAAUGUCCUGCGCUUCUUUACGGAGACUGAGGAGUCCAUGCUCUCGGUGCGCUCCAAGCGUGUCACCAUGGACUUCUCCCUGCUCUCUGUCCCCUGUGUGACAGAGAGCGCCCCUCAGCCCAUCAUUUCACUUCAAAACCAGGCUGCUUCGACAAUGGGCAGUACCCUGCUGCGAUGUGAUAAACUGGACCAGGCAGAGAUCAAGAGCCUCCUCAUGUGCUUCUUACACGUGCUCAAAAGCAUGUCUGAGGAUGCUCUGUUCACAUACUGGAACAAGGCUUCAUCUGCUGAGUUAAUGGACUUCUUCACUCUGGUCGAAGUGUGCCUCCAUCAGUUCAGAUACAUGGGAAAGAGAUACAUCGCAAGGAACCAGGAUGGGGCAGGACCUGUAGCACAUGAGCGGAAGUCUCAGACUCUGCCUGUGUCCCGUAACAGGGCGGGAAUGAUGCAUGCCCGCUUACAUCAGCUCAGCAGCCUGGAUAACUCAUACACUUUUAACCACACCUACAGUCACUCGGAUGCAGACGUGUUAAAUCAGUCACUGCUGGAGGCUAACAUCGCUACGGAAGUGUGCAUGACCGUCCUGGACACGCUAAGUAUCUUCAUCAUGGGAUUCAAGACCCAGCUGUGCUCUGACCACGGCCACAGUCCACUAAUGAAGAAGGUGUUUGAAGUCCACCUCUGUUUCCUGCGGAUCAAUCAGUCAGAGACGGCCCUCAAGCAGGUCUUCACUUCAUUGCGCACCUUCAUCUACAAGUUUCCUUGCACAUUUUUUGAAGGACGUGCUGACAUGUGUGCUGCUUUCUGCUAUGAGAUCUUGAAGUGUUGUAACUCCAAGCUGAACUCCAUUCGCAGCGAUGCCGCCCAUCUGCUCUACUUCCUCAUGAAGAGCAACUUUGAUUACACAGGUCGCAAGUCUUUUGUUCGGACACACUUACAGGUGGUAAUUGCUGUCAGUCAAUUGAUAGCUGAUGUGAUUGGUAUCGGAAGUACCCGCUUUCAGCAGUCCCUGUCAAUAAUCAAUAACUGCGCAAACAGUGACAAAACUAUUAAGAACACAGCGUUCCCAUCAGAUGUGAAGGACCUGACCAAACGCAUCAGAACAGUUUUGAUGGCCACGGCUCAGAUGAAGGAGCACGAGAGAGAUCCAGAGAUGCUGGUGGACCUGCAGUACAGCCUCGCCAAGUCUUACGCCAGCACACCAGAACUACGCAAGACCUGGCUGGACAGCAUGGCCAGGAUCCAUGUGAAGAACGGAGACCUGUCAGAGGCGGCCAUGUGCUAUGUGCAUGUUGCAGCACUUGUGGCAGAAUACCUGCGGAGAAAAGGCAUGUUCAAGCAGGGCUGCUCAGCGUUUCGUGUCAUCACUCCAAACAUUGAUGAAGAAGCAGCAAUGAUGGAGGACGUCGGCAUGCAGGACGUUCAUUUCAAUGAAGACGUCCUAAUGGAGCUUUUGGAGGAGUGUGCAGAUGGACUGUGGAAAGCUGAGCGUUACGAGCUCAUCUCUGACAUCUACAAGCUCAUUAUCCCCAUUUAUGAGAAGCGGAGGGACUUUGAGAAACUGGCCCACCUAUAUGACACCCUGCAUCGUGCAUACAGCAAAGUGACAGAGGUCAUGCACUCAGGCAAGAGACUGCUGGGCACCUACUUCAGAGUGGCCUUCUUUGGCCAGGCAGCGCAGUACCACUUUACUGACUCAGAGGCUGAGGGCUUCUUUGAAGAUGAAGAUGGUAAGGAGUACAUCUACAAAGAACCCAAAUUCACCCCACUAUCGGAGAUAUCUCAGAGGCUUCUGAAGCUGUACUCUGACAAGUUUGGACAGGAGAAUGUGAAGAUGAUCCAAGACUCUGGCAGGAUUAACCCCAAAGACCUGGAUUCUAAGUUUGCGUACAUCCAAGUGACACAUGUGACCCCUUACCUGGAGGAGAAAGAGCUGGUGGACAGGAAGACAGACUUCGAGAAGAGCCACAACAUCCGUCGCUUUGUGUUUGAGAUGCCUUUCACCAUAUCAGGCAAAAAGCAAGGCGGGGUGGAGGAGCAGUGCAAACGCAGGACUAUACUAACCACCACGCAUUGUUUCCCUUACGUAAAGAAACGCAUCGCAGUGAUGUAUCAACACCACACUGAUCUGAGCCCCAUCGAGGUGGCCAUCGAUGAGAUGAGCAAGAAGGUGGCCGAGAUCAAACAGCUGUGCUCCUCCAGUGAGGUGGACAUGAUCCGUCUGCAGCUCAAACUGCAGGGCAGCAUCAGCGUCCAGGUAAACGCAGGACCGCUUGCAUAUGCACGAGCUUUUCUGGAUGAUGCAUGCGCCAAGAAGUAUCCUGAUAACAAGGUCAAACAGCUGAAAGAGGUCUUCAGGCAUUUUGUUGAGGCAUGUGGCCAUGGCUUAAGUAUUAAUGAGCGUCUGAUCAAAGAGGACCAACAGGAGUAUCACGAUGAGAUGAAAGCCAGCUAUAGAGACCUAGCUAGGGAGCUGUCCAUCAUCAUGCGUGAGCAAAUCAGUCCUGUGGAAGAUGGUAUGAAGAGCGUUCUUCCAGACUCGCUUCACAUCUUUAACGCCAUCAGCGGCACUCCAACCAGUGCCACCAUCCAUGGCAUCCCCAGCUCUUCCUCUGUGGUAUGAUGCUUGCCUGGGUUAGCCUUAAACCCUGCGCCCUCUAUACUCGCCAACCAGGCAUGCCGGUGAUGCCAUAUUGUCGCUUUUGAACCCGAUCCUGCUUUAGUCAGCUUAAAGGGAAACUGACAUAAGCACAGACAACCAUGACCAAGGCACUGGACCUAUUUAAUGUAUACACACGGCAUGGUAACUGUGUUGGAUGUCUGUGACAGUACUGAGGAGAAAUCGGAGACCAGAGAGGGGAUCAUGCAGGAGAGAUGACAGACUUUGCAACCUGCUUCAUGGCCACGCAUAAUGUGUCACUUGUUUUUACCUGAAAAGACUGGGCAGUGUUUUCAAUGGAGACAUUCCUGUUGGGCUCUUUGAUAUGCAUGUCAUUAUAUUACACCCACCACCCUCCCAACAGCCCAUUUUUGUUUAUUUUGAUGAUAUUUUUAAUAUUUUACAAUGUGUUUUUGUAUGUACAGUAUUCCACUUUUAUAAGCCACUGUAUUGAUGUCUUGAUGAACACUAUAUGCUGCAUACAUUGAUGCUCAUCUACCUGUACAUGAAGUUAUAUUUCUACUAAAAGGGCCUCCUAUGACUCAUGUUAGCAUUCAACCUUAAAUCACUUCAAUGUCUUAGAAUGGUAGUGUUUUUAAAUAUUUAAAGCCAUUGCAUACAAAUGUUAUAUUCCAAAUUGUUAAUUAAUGUAUAUAAAAAAGGAGUGUGUGCAAUAUUUGCAAAGUAUCUGUGUGGGGCUCAUACACUGUAAAGAUGAUGUUCACCUUCUUGCCAAAGUGAUGAGGUGUGGAACCAGACACUACGCCUACUGUGGAAGUUAUUUGAAUCUUAUUUGAAAUUGUUUUAUAUUUGGGCAGCAAUGUUUUUUUUUUAUUUUUGUUUUUAUUUUUUUUAUUUAACAUAAAGUUACUGUUCUGCUGUAAACAGAGAUGUUGCCUAAUGCUUUUCUUUUAAAUAAAACACAAAUUUCUCUGCA